AUGUUGGGAAAAUUUGUGCUCCUCUAUUUUUUACUGGUUUUUGUGACGAAUUUCGGCUUGGCUCAAGAACAAGACCAAUCUGUUGAUGUGACGAGGAGGUGAGCUUUUUCUGCAACCCUGGCACGGUUUUUUGCUCCUCUAAAUUUAAAUCACCGCAUGGUUUUGGGGGCGUGGCUUAUUACAUAUAUUUUUGGGUUUUUCUUCAAAGCAAAAACCAGAGAAAAAUAAAUGUCUAAGCCACGCCCCUUUGCAAGCCUCGCACGGUUUUUCUGCAAGUGUCUCGCACACUUUUGACAUAAUCGAUCAAAAAACACAAUUUUUACGACCACGUGUCAUUUUAUCAAAAAAAAUAUUUUUUUGGUUAGAUAAGAGGAGUUCAAGAAGAGCAAAAUAUGACGAAUUCAAUUUUUGAUGUGAAAAAAGUGUGCCAGGGUUGCAGAAAAAUGGGCGGGGCCUAACCUCAACCAUAUUUGGUUUCAUUUUGUAGCCCUUGAUUAGCUCUACAAAAAUCAAUAAUUUUUUUUCCGCAGAGUCGAUUGCUAUCCGGAACCAGGCGCAACGGAAGCGGCAUGCGUUGCACGCGGAUGCAUUUAUGAGAACGAAGCGAAUCAACCAAGUGCACCCGUCGGAACACCGUGGUGCUAUUAUCCGACAACAUCGGGUUUCACCAAAAAAUCUGAGAAUGGUCAAAAUAUUGUGCUCGAGGCGACUACUAGUGGGUUUUUUUUGGUGAAAAAAACUAUGGUGGCCUAGAAAACCAACUUGAAAACCUCGGCCACACACUUCUUCGAUAAAACUUCCUUCUCUAGCUUGAAAAACAGAGAAAAUUCAAAUAUUCCCGAAUUUCGCAAAAAAUAAAUACAUGGUGGCCUAGAAAACCAAACCUCGGCCACACACAUUUUUCUCCAGAAAACCCAUAUGGCGACAAUAUUUCACCGCUCAACGUCAAAUAUCGAUCGAAUGGUGCAACUUUGCUGGUGACAAUUGGAAAUGAUGAUCGGUAGGGCACAGAAAAAUGGGCGGAGCUUGCAUCUCUCGCAUGGUUUUUUGCAGAUAUGUUCCACCAAUCGAUAUUCCACAAGCUCCCUCAACAUCCACCGAAACCCUCAAAUUCGAAUCCGGGAUCAUUGGCUUCAGCGGAAUUUUCAGCUUCAAAGUCUCGCGUACAAACGGAGUGUCGUUGUGGGAUACGUCGAUUGGAGGAAUGCAAUUCGCCGAUAAAUUCAUUCAAAUUGCCACGUAUUUGCCGUCGAAAAACAUCUAUGGAUUUGGUGAUCAUGUUCAUAAGAAGAUCAAGGUAAGCGGAAGCGGAAGCUUGCGCGAAGCGCUCCGGAAGAUUCCGCGUAAGCGGCUAGAGCGCAGCGAGUGUAUUUCCCUCUGCCUCUCUGACAAUCCUGUUCUCUCUGGCUGUCUGGUUUCUCUAGCUGUCUGGGUUCUCUCUGAAAAUCUUGUUAUUCUAUCUAGCUUCUCUGAGUUUCUCACUGCAUCUCCAGCUGUCUAGCUUCUCUAAUAUGAGCAAUGUUUUCUCGAGUGUAUUUCCCUCUGUGUCUCUGACAAUCCUGCCAUCUAGCUUUCUAGCUUCUCUGCGUCUCUAGUUCUUUUUUGAUCACUGAUUCCUUCUGUGUCUCUAACAAUACUGUGCUCUCUGGCUGUCAGGUUUCUCUAGCCGUCUAGCUUCUCUGCGUCUCUAAAAAUCCUGUGCUUUCUUCUUUGCGUCUCUAGCUGCCCAGUUUCUCUAACAUGAGCAAUGUUUUUCUGCAUCUCUAGCUUCUGAAAGUUAGAAACGCAGCAAAGCAUUGCUCAUAUUAUGCUUUCUCAAGCUUAUUUUCCUCUGCAUCUCUAACUGUACCAUUAUCUCUAGCUGUCUAGCUUCUCUAACAUGAGCAAUGGGUCUCUUAAUUUAAAAUUCAUAUAAUUUACAAGCAACCUACUCAAAAAUACUUAUCAUAAUUUAAAUCAAUCAAUAUUCUGUCGUUGAAUCCAUCCACCAAUAGCUGACGCGAUUUUCGGGUCCACUUGAGUUCGUGUAGGCUUUCGGGCUUUCACUGGGCUUGUUGCUACUACUGGGGCUUGUUGUGGAGCUAGCGGACCGUUUGGUCGCCAAGCAGAUCCGUAGGUCGACCACACUGGACAGCAGAAAUAUGGACCGAUGUCGACCGAAUUUGUCGCGUAGCAAUAGGAUUGUGGUGGACAUUGCGGCCAUGGACGUUUUGGAUCACAUUCGAUUGGAAGACUCGGGCCUCCUGGAAGAAAAAGUUUAAUUGUCUCUGGCUGUCUAACCUCUCUGCGUCUCUAACAAUCAUGUGCUCUCUUUCUCUGAUGUUUAGUGUUCUCUAGGGCUUCUAGCUUCUCUGCGUCUCUAACUAUAUAAUUAUCUUUGAAUGUCUAGAUUCUCUGCGUCUAUAGUUCUCUUAUGAUCACUGAUUUCCUCUACGUCUCUGACAACCAUUUGCUCUCUAAGUUUCUGGUUUCUCUGCUAGCUUCUCUACGUCUCUGACUUCUGAAGCCGCAUAGAAAAUUGGGCGUGGCUUAGAAUUCUGCAAAAUUUUGCAAAAUUAGCCCUUGAUUUGAUCUACCCCAAAUCUCAAAUUUUCAAGCCACGCCCAUUUUUCUGUGCGGCAAUUUGGACUCAUCUUGAAGCACUUUUCAAGCUCUACAAAAUGAGCCCCAGCUCUCGAAUUUUCAAGCCACGCCCAUUUUUCUGUGCCCCAUGAAACCCUCCCCAAAAAUUCACCUGGACAUUGUCCAACUGGCGCCACAACAGUCGCUUGCCCAAAAGUCGUGUCGAUCGCAAAAAUUGAGACUAAAAUGAGCAAUGCCAACAUAUUAUUUAUGAUGAAAAUUUGUCUGAAAACCGUUGAGUUAAAUAUGAAUAUGCUGGGGCUGCUGCAAAAAAGAAGACAAGAAUGAGGAGCCUUAAUAUGGGAGGAGGCGCCGCGCGGAACCGGAAUUUUCCGCGCGCGCGGAAAAUGUGUUGACACACACUUUAUGUGUUGCUUACGCAAAUAGAAACAGUGAGCAAUUUAAGUGCAAAAAACAACAUAGAAAGAAAAGUGAAGGCGGAGGUGCAAACUGAUCAACAAUUAAUUAUGCGGAAGCUUCCGCGCGGAUUCGGAAGGUUCAAAAUACCCCCCGUAAACCGGGAGCAUCGUUUGAAACCUAGAAAAAUCAAGUAGCUUUGUUUAGAGAGAAUGUAAUUGCGGAGCAUCGUUAGCACACUCAAAACACACCCGUCAACCCGGAGCAUCGUUACAAUCCUCAAAAAAAAUUUUCAGCACAAUCUGGAACGCUAUACAGUUUGGCCAAUGUUUGCCAGGGAUAUCGGACCGGAUUCGGGCUCGGCUCUUUCCACACAAAAUUUGUACGGCGUUCAUCCUUUUUAUAUGUGCAUUGAAUCCGAUGGAAAAGCUCACGGUGUUUUUAUUUUGAAUAGGUUGGUUUGGGGUGGAGAUGGGCUUCAGAAUGGUACUAAACAUGGGGUAUAUUUUCCUCUGCGUCUCUGACAUUUCUGUAUUCUCUGGGUGCCUGGUUUCUCUACUCGAGCGGAGCGAGUUUACAUCCCUCUGCGUCUCUGACAAUCCUAUGUUAUCUAGUUGUCUAGCUUCUCUGUGUCUCUAACAAUCUCAUACUGUCUAGCAGUCUAGGCUUCUCUGUCUCGAGUGAACAUCCCUCUGCGUCUCCGACACUCCCAUUGUCUAGCUGUCUAAACCCUCUGCGUCUCUGACAAUCCUAAUCCCCCAAUUCUUCCAGCAACGCUCAAGAAGUCGAAACCGGUCCCGGACCACACUUAACCUACCGUACCAUCGGUGGUCGCCUAGAUUUGGCAUUUUUCCCCGGACCAACACCCGAACAAGUCAUCCAGCAAUACUUGUUGCACAUCGGAAAACCAUUCUUGCCAGCCUAUUGGGCCUUGGGUUAUCAGGUAGGCUUCUGGGCCUAGGCUUAGGCCCCUCUCAAUCUAGGCCUUUUCCAGCUCUGCCGUUGGGGAUACACCGGUCUGGACGAGAUGAAAAAGGUUGUGGCGCGAAAUCAGGCAGCCGGAAUUCCAUUGGAUGUUCCCAUCGCUGAUAUCGAUUAUAUGAAUCAUUAUUUGGAUUUUACCGAAGGAGAUGUGAGUUUGGAAAAAGGGGCGUGGCUUAUUUUUGAGCUCCAGGGCUUUUAUUUGACACCAGAUGAACCAGGGUUUUGGGGGGAUCCGCCCACUUCAGCAAGCCUCUUGAUUUUCCAGGCCUGGUCCGGUUUCCCAGCCUACGUGGAUCAAUUACACGCUCAAGGCCUUCAUCUAAUUCUGAUCUUCGAUCCAGCCAUCGAAGUUGAUUACGGUUCAUUCUCCCGAGCUCUCACAGCCAAUGCCAGUUUCAUCUCAUGGCCUUCUGAUUCCCUCGUCCCACAUGCAAUUCAAGAUCAAUAUCCGAUGGCCAAAAACACUCGAGUCAUGCUCGGAAAUGUUUGGCCUGAUCGGAACACGGCGUUCCCGGAUUUCUUGGAUCCAACAAACAAGACCAAUUUGUGGUGGGCUCAAGAAUUUCAGACGCUGAGAAAGGUGUUGGCUUUCGAUGGAAUGUGGAUUGAUAUGAAUGAGCCGAGUAAUUUCGAUACGGCCGGAUAUUCGACGAAGAGUUCGGCAAAGUCGAGAGCUGCCAGGGAUCCGAGUGUUUUGGGUGAGGUUUUGAGGGGAAAGGUGCCCUCUGCGUCUCUGACAGUCAUGUGCUGGCUUCUCUAGCUGUCUAGCUGUCUAACUUUCCAGAAAUUUUGUAUUUCGAAAUCCCCCAAAAAAUUACGUUUCAAAAAAUUUGCAAAAUUAUUUUUUAAUAUUCCAUGCAUUUUUCCCGCGAAAAAUAUAAAUUGUCUGAAAAUCCCUGAAUUACUGUAAGUAGAUGUCUAACUUCUCUGCGUCUAUUACAAUCCUGCCAUCUCUAGCUGUCUAGAUUCUUUGCGUCUCUAACAACACUCUGCUCUCUGAGUUUCUGGUUUCUCUUCUGUCUAGCUUCUCUAUGUCUCUGACACUCCUAUGAUCUCUAGCCGUAUAGCUUUCUCUAUGGUCUCUAGUUCUCUUAUGUUCACUAACUUCCUCUGCGUCUCUGAGAAUCCUCUGCGUCUCUAGCUUCUCUAACUUUUCCCUAUUUCCAGCCUCUUCAAAACUAGCCUGCCCAAUUGAUGGCUCCGACUCGACCCUGGAAAUCCCACCCUAUCAAACAUGGGCGGUCUAUUUGCACCAAGGCGAAUAUCUCUUCUCCAAAACACUGUGCAUGUUGGGAAAAACGACGGGCGGUCAACAAAACUUUUUCGACACCAAAAAUUUGUAUGGGUGGAGUGAGGCGCGUGCAACUUAUCGAGCAUUGCCAAAAACCACGGGAAAACGUGGAGCUGUUAUUUCGAGGUGAGCGGAAAGCGAGUGUGGACCGCAAGCUUGCGCGAAGCGCCCCAGAAUCUUCCGCGUAAGCGGCUCGAGCGGAGCGAGUGGAUUUCCCUCUGCGUCUCUCACAUGGUCUCUAGCUGUCUAGUCUCUCUAGUAUCUUUAGACUCUCUGACUCUAGCUGUCUGGCUUAUCUGCGUCUCUAAUCCAUGUAGAGAGUUAGAGAGCUUAGAGAUGCAGAGAAGCUGAACAGCUAGAAUUAGAUCUUUAGCUCACUAGGCUCUCCAGCUUCUCUAACUCUCUCUAGCCUUCCUAGCAUCUCUAGCUUCUCUGCGUCUAUAAUCUCUGUAUGCUCUCUAACAUCUCUAGACUCUCUGGGUACUCUAGCCUCUCUAGCAUCUCUAGAUUCUCAAGCAUCUCUAACCUCCCUAACUCUAGCUGUCUAGCUUCUCUGCGUCUCUAACUCUCUAUAGACUAUCUGAGCUCUCCAGCCUCUCUAAACUCCCUAACUCUAGCUGUCUAGCUUGUCUGCGUCUCUAACCCCCAUACUCUCUAGUUUUAUCGCGCAAAAUCUUCCGCGUAAGCAGCUAAAGUGAAUUUCCCUCUGCGUCUCUAACUGUCUAGCUUCUCUAACCUCUCUAACAUGUUCCUAUACUCAUUUCACAGAUCAACAUUCGCCUCAUCUGGUCGUUAUGGUGGUCAUUGGCUUGGUGAUAACACAGCCCGUUGGGAAGAUCUUCAAACAUCAGUAAUCGGAAUCAUGGAAUUCAACAUGUUCGGUUUGCCCUACGUCGGUUCCGAUAUCUGCGGUUUCAAUGGAGCAUCCAACGAAGAACUCUGCUUACGAUGGCAUCAAUUCGGCGCCUUCUCCUCAUUCUCGCGCGAUCACAAUUCCGAAGGUCAACCCGAUCAAGAUCCGGCAGUUUGGCCAAGUGUUGCACAAGCUGCGCGAAUUGCUCUAACUUUCCGAUACUAUUACAUUCCCUAUUUAUACAGUCUGCAUUAUUCGGCUUCGAGAUACGGAGCCACUGUGAUUCGCCCGCUGUUCUUCGAAUUUCCGAAAGAUGGCGAGGCUUUGGAGAUUAGCGAGCAAUUCCUUUGGGGGUCGGCUCUUAUGAUUGCUCCAGCUUUGUAUCAGGGACAAACCACUGUGCACGCGUAUUUCCCAGCUGACACGUGGUAUUCGUUGCAACCGGAGACUUAUGGACAACGCAUGUUGAGUGGAUUUAACGAUGUUUCGGCACCGCUCUCGAGUUUGACACCCGUUUUUGUUAGAGGUUUGUGAGCCCAAAUUUGGCUAGAUUUUGAGCUCAUGUUUAGACUCAUUUUGUAGAUCUCGACGAGCUCUACAAAAUGAGCCCAAACUCGAUCAGAUUUAGAGCCGCGCAGAAAUGUGGGCAGAGCCUAAACCUUCCACUUUUAGACUCAUUUUGCAGCCCUCAAUGAGCUCUACAAAAUGAGCCCCCGCAAAAAUCGAUAUUUCCAGGAGGCUACAUUUUGCCACGUCAAUUCCCCGGAACAACCACCACCGCCUCAAGACUCAGCCCAUUCGAAGUAUUGAUCGCAUUCAAAGCCAACACUGCGUCAGCUGUAAGUUCAACAAACUAGACUAUAAUCUAAUUUUCAAACUAGACUAUAGUUUGGUCAGAUUGAAAAAACUUGCUGUAGUAGAAAAACUACUACUGUAGAAGAACCUGCAUAUCUAAUUCUUGAUGUUUUGGUUUUUUGAGUUAGAUCUGCAGGUUCUUCUACAGUACCCAAAACUAUUUUCUCCAGGGUGAUCUUUAUUAUGAUGGUGGAGAUGAUUUGUUGCCAAACGACGAUAUUGAACAACACCCCCGUCUUCAUUGGCAAUUCUCAUUCACUUAUUCAAGUUUUGGCGCGGCUUUUGGUGGAAAUUGUGAAGGAUGCAGCACGGUAAGACAAUUUUCCUGGAUUUUUUUAAAAAUCUUGUUUUUUAAAACUUUUUUUCCAAAAAUUUCCAAAUUUCAGUCAGUCAAAUCGCCAACUUUGGACACAAUUGAAAUCUUGGGUUAUCCUACCCAACCAAGCUUUGAUGGAAUUAAACUCAAUGGCAAAUCGGUGAAUUUGGAUUUGACCAAGAGUUUCUACAAUUCCACAUCUCAACAAUUGAUUUUGUCAAGCAAGGGAAUGAUUGAUUUGAGUGCGAAUGUCAAGAAAUUCACACUCACUUUUGUUAAUAGCGCCUAA